AUGGAAAUUGCUCUAAAGAUUACUGAAAAGAUAAAAGCAAAUGAAAGAUUUGCAGUGUAUGUUGUUAUUCCCAUGUGGCCAGAAGGAGUUCCGACAGGGGCUGCCACGCAAAGGAUUCUAUUUUGGCAGAAUAAAACAAUGCAAAUGAUGUAUGAGACCAUUUCCAAGGCUUUGGUUGAAGCUGGGCUUGAAGCAGCAUUUUCUCCACAAGAUUAUUUGAACUUUUUUUGUCUUGGUAAUCGAGAGGUCAUCAAUUUGUAUGAUAAUGUUGGUGUGACUGGAGUUCCUCCCCCAGCAAAUAGUCCUCAACUGGCUAGCCGAAAUAGCCAACGUUUCAUGAUUUACGUUCAUUCCAAAGGCAUGAUAGUUGAUGAUGAAUAUGUGAUAUUGGGGUCUGCAAAUAUCAACCAGCGCUCCAUGGAAGGAACAAGGGACAGUGAGAUUGCAAUGGGAGCCUAUCAACCUCAUCAUACAUGGGCAAAAGCACAAUCUUAUCCACACGGACAAAUCCAUGGAUAUAGGAUGUCACUUUGGGCAGAACAUACGGGAACGCUUGAGGACUGCUUCUUGCAACCUGAGAGUCUUGAAUGUGUAAGAAGGAUUAGAGCAAUGGGGGAAAUGAACUGGAAUCAGUUUUCAGCAAAUGAAAAAACAGAGAUGAAAGGGCAUCUACUGAAAUAUCCUGUAGAUGUUGAUAGAAAGGGCAAGGUUAGACCCCUUCCGGACCAGGAAGAGUUCCCAGAUGUGGGAGGAAAAAUAGUUGGAUCUUUUCUUGCCAUGAAAGAGAAUCUAACUAUUUGA